AUGACCUCCAAAAAGGUUUCCGCGCUGAAAUUCGUCGGCACCGUCUCGGUCGGCCUGCUAACCGGCGUCUCCUACACUCUCUCGACCCUCGCGGCCCCCGCCCUCCUAACCCUCCCCUCCGCGACCACCGCCUCAAAAACCCUCACCUCCCUCUCCUCCUCCUCCGCAACCCACCUAACGACCCUCUCCGCCCUCUCCUCUUCCGCAUUCGCCCUCGCCUUCGUCCUCUCCCCCCGAUCCUCCCGCCACCCUUACCUCCUCUACACCUCCCUCCUCGCCGCCGCAUCCGCCUUCGCCCCGCGCCUCGCUCCCUUCCUCCUCGGUAGACCCUCGACCCGACCCGCUGCGCCCGCUCCCGCUGCUUCGUCGUCUCCGCAGAGGAGGAGGCCUCAACGCUCCAUGGAGGCGAGCUACGAAGUCCUCGGCGACGCACACAGCGACGGUACCGUGAGCGGUGAGGAGGUCGAGGAGGAUCAGGCUGCGCAGCAACAGCAGCAGCAGAAUGGCGAGGAGGUCAGGGCCCAGGUUGAGACUUUCCUUAAGGAGAGGCUUGUGCAGACUAGUCUUGCGGCCUUGAGCUUCGCUAUUUCUAUCGUGGGUAUUUGGGGUGAUGGUGCUUCGGAGGUUAUCCGAGGUGAAACCAUUGUGUUUGGGUUGUAA